UCAUUCCAGAGACACUGGCGUGCGGACGGCAGACCCCUGAAUUGAAUGACUCGUUGCCCCUGAGUAGUCGUCGAAAUUCCCCUCUUCUCUCAUCGCAUCUUAUCGCAACCAACAUCAUCAAACCAAGUUUAUUGGACAUUGACUGCACAAGCCAUGUCGCCGUCCGCGACUUGCGAGGGACUCGGCCACGUCCGCUACCUGCCCCUGAGAUACGACGGCGCCAACUCACAAGCCUCUGCGCUGAAGCUCAUCACAACGCUCAUCCCAGAAUGGUCCGGUGCUGACUCAAGCAUCGAGUUCAUUCGCUUCACCGACGGCAUCACAAACACACUGCUCAAGGCAGUGAAUCGACGUCCAGGACCCACAAAGGCUCAGGUAGAUAAGGAAGCAGUAUUACUGCGCGCCUAUGGGAGCGGGACGGACAUCUUGAUCGACCGUGAACGCGAGGUCUCCAACCAUGAGCUACUCAUGAAGAACGGGCUGGCGCCCGAGUUGCUGGCGCGCUUCGAGAACGGGAUGCUGUAUCGGUUCAUCCCCGGCACCCCCGCCCAGAUGCAGGAUCUAAAGGAUCCAGCCAUUCUCAAAGCCAUCGCACGAAGACUGGCUGAGUGGCACGCGACGGUGCCUUGCAUUUUCGGCCAACCCCCCGUCCACGGGAAACAGAACGGGAUGCGGAACGGCUUCCAGAAUGGCUACGGCGAUAACGAAGUCGAGAGGACCAUCCGGAACGCCGCGCCAGGAAAGCCUUUCCCGAACCUAUGGACCACGAUGCAGAAGUGGAUCUUCGCCUUGCCGACAGGAACAGAGGAAGAACGGUCGAGGCAGGCGCUGCUACAGCGCGAGGUGGAAGAGUUGAUUGAGAAGCUCAGCCAACGUCCAGGACUUGGCCACAACGGGCUCGUCUUUGCCCAUUGCGACCUCCUAUGCGCCAACGUCAUCAUGCACCGUGAGGAAGACAAAACUGCCACGGUGAGCUUCAUCGACUACGAGUAUGCCACGCCAUCCCCCGCCGCCUUUGACGUGGCCAACCACUUCGCAGAGUGGGCAGGAUACGACUGUGACUACGCGGCUGUCCCCACUGUUUCCCAGCGCCGAGAAUUUAUCCACGAGUACAUCGGCACCUACAUCCAGCUCCUACCCGAGGAGGAACGACGCCAGCUCGACGCGGCGGAGGAGGAGCGCAAGUUGAUGGAGGAGGUCGACGUCUUCCGUGGCGUACCGGGCUUCUACUGGGGCAUCUGGUCGUCGAUCCAGGCGACGAUUUCGGACAUUGACUUUGACUACGCCACGUACUCGGAGCUCCGCUUAGGCGAAUACUGGGCUUGCAAGGCGGAGCAAGAUGGCAGUCGCGCGGCGCAGGGCCUGCAGAUGCCCUUGAGGGAGGAAACGUGGUCGCGAGACGAGCCGUCGCGCAAUGGCACGGCGGGCGCAUAAGCCUGCAGAGAUCCCAGAUGCGGUGUCUCACAAUGUGUGUUGAGAGAGACAGGGAGAUGGCCCAGUUGUGUGGUCAGCGGAUGGAAGCUGUGAUUAUCAGGUUGGAUCUAAAACCUGCGGCGAACGGCGAAAAGCACUAAACGUCCUGCGAUCAGAUGCAGGGUGCACGGCCACAUGCAAAAGCGAAAUGUAUACGGAGUAAUACGCAUAGCACCAUGGGGAA